CUCUCGCGGUAUCAUCAGGUUGCAGUGGCCCUUUAACAAAGGUCUCGCGAAAUUUCUUCCACAGGUCCUGGCUAGCCGCUCACGCUACUCCACCCCACCCCCAACCUGUCCUUCCUUUCUCUUUAAGUCACAAAGUUCUCCCCUCCCCUCCCGGGAGCUCAUAGCCCUCCUCCUGUUUCCGAUUUCAGACCGGAACCGGAAGUGUGGUGGGCGGGGCCGGCAGCGGAAAACGCAGCGGGGCCAGAGCCGGGACACGGCUGUGGCCGCUGCCGCUACCCCCGCCACGGAUCGCCGGGUGGCAGGACUGCGCGGCUCCAGGCUGAAGGUCGGUCCGGAGGCGGGUGGGCGCGGGUCUCACCCGGAUUGUCCGGGCGGCACCAUCCCGAGGCCCCCCGGGAGCCGCGAGGGAUCAUGUCUACAGCCUCCGCCGCCUCGUCCUCCUCCUCGUCUUCGGCCGGUGAGAUGAUCGAAGCCCCUUCCCAGGUCCUCAACUUUGAAGAGAUCGACUACAAGGAGAUCGAGGUGGAAGAGGUUGUUGGAAGAGGAGCCUUUGGAGUAGUUUGCAAAGCUAAAUGGAGAGCAAAAGAUGUUGCUAUUAAACAAAUAGAAAGUGAAUCUGAGAGGAAAGCUUUUAUUGUAGAGCUUCGGCAGUUAUCCCGUGUGAACCAUCCUAAUAUUGUAAAGCUGUAUGGAGCCUGCUUGAACCCAGUGUGUCUUGUGAUGGAAUAUGCUGAAGGGGGCUCUUUAUAUAAUGUGCUGCAUGGUGCUGAACCAUUGCCAUAUUACACUGCUGCCCACGCAAUGAGUUGGUGUUUACAGUGUUCUCAAGGAGUGGCUUAUCUUCACAGCAUGCAACCCAAAGCUCUAAUUCACAGGGACCUGAAACCACCAAACUUACUGCUGGUUGCAGGGGGGACAGUUCUAAAAAUUUGUGAUUUUGGUACAGCCUGUGACAUUCAGACACACAUGACCAAUAACAAGGGAAGUGCUGCUUGGAUGGCACCUGAAGUUUUUGAAGGUAGUAAUUACAGUGAAAAAUGUGAUGUCUUCAGCUGGGGUAUUAUCCUUUGGGAAGUGAUAACGCGUCGGAAACCUUUUGAUGAGAUUGGUGGCCCAGCUUUCCGGAUCAUGUGGGCUGUUCACAAUGGUACUCGACCACCACUGAUCAAAAAUUUACCUAAGCCCAUUGAGAGCCUGAUGACUCGUUGUUGGUCUAAAGAUCCUUCUCAGCGCCCUUCAAUGGAGGAAAUUGUGAAAAUAAUGACUCACUUGAUGCGGUAUUUUCCAGGAGCAGAUGAGCCGUUACAGUAUCCUUGUCAGUAUUCAGAUGAAGGACAGAGCAACUCUGCCACCAGUACAGGCUCUUUCAUGGACAUUGCUUCUACAAAUACCAGUAAUAAAAGUGACACUAAUAUGGAGCAAGUUCCUGCCACAAAUGAUACUAUUAAACGCUUAGAAUCAAAAUUAUUGAAAAAUCAGGCAAAGCAACAGAGUGAAUCUGGACGUUUAAGCUUGGGAGCUUCCCGUGGGAGCAGCAUGGAGAGCUUACCCCCAACAUCUGAGGGCAAGAGAAUGAGUGCUGACAUGUCUGAAAUAGAAGCUAGGAUUGCUGCGACCACAGCCUAUCCCAAGCCUAAACGGGGCCACCGUAAAACCGCUUCAUUUGGCAACAUUCUGGAUGUCCCUGAGAUCGUCGUAUCAGGGAACGGACAGCCAAGACGUAGGUCCGUCCAAGAUUUGACUGUAACUGGAACAGAACCUGGUCAGGUGAGCAGUAGGUCAUCCAGUCCCAGUGUCAGAAUGAUCACUACCUCAGGACCAACCUCAGAAAAGCCAACUCGAAGUCAUCCAUGGACCCCUGAUGAUUCCACAGAUACCAAUGGGUCAGAUAACUCCAUCCCAAUGGCUUAUCUUACACUGGAUCACCAACUACAGCCUCUAGCACCUUGUCCGAACUCCAAAGAAUCUAUGGCAGUAUUUGAACAGCAUUGUAAAAUGGCACAAGAAUAUAUGAAAGUUCAAACAGAAAUUGCAUUAUUAUUACAGAGAAAGCAAGAACUGGUUGCAGAACUGGACCAGGAUGAAAAGGACCAGCAAAAUACAUCUCGUCUGGUACAGGAACAUAAAAAGCUUUUAGAUGAAAACAAAAGCCUUUCAACUUACUACCAGCAAUGCAAAAAACAACUAGAGGUUAUCAGAAGUCAGCAGCAAAAACGACAAGGCACUUCAUGAUUCUCUGGGACCGUUAAAUUUUAAAAUAUGCAAAGAAAGACUUUUUUUUAAGGAAAGAAAACCCCUUAUAAUGACAAUUCAUGAGUGUUAGAUCUUUGGCGUGUUCUGAAUUCCAUCUGCCUAUAUUUGCUGCAUUUGUUUCAUUGUUUGUUUUCCUUUUCUCAUGGUGGACAUGCAGUUUUACUGUGUCUCAUUCAUAACAUAGUGGCAUCUGUGACUUGAAUAAGCAGCAGUUCUCAACAUCAGAACAGAUGUGGUGAACUGUGGCUGUAUAUGCAUGCUCAAUGUGUGAAGGCUAGCCUGAGAGAACAGAGGGCUUCAAACUAGCUGCUAUAUGCAAACAUCAUCCUUUUUUCCAUAUUAGAGGUGCAACCUCAAGAAUGAUUUUGUUCUUGUAUCUCAUCUCAAAAAACUAGUAACUUUUUUUCCCAAAAUUAUGGUAUAUACCAAGUUAAAGACAGGGUAUUAUAAAUCUAGAAUAAUUGGUGGUACAUUACAGAUAUACAGAACUUUCAGGGAUAGUUCAAAGGUGAGGGCUUUGAUGCCAGCAUCCUUGGAUCAGUACUGAACUUAGUUCCAUCUGUAAAAUAUUUAAAGGUAAGUAGCAGCUGAUAUAUUUAAUGAAAGCAAUUUUACCAGAUUUCAUUAGACUAAAAUUUGAUUAUGAUACAUUGAACAAAAUGAAACUUUUUUUUAGCAUAUUUUUAGUUCUGUGAUUGUGUGUAUGUGUUGAAACUAUAAAGCUUUUAUGACUCUUAUUAAUAUCUCAAGUGAAAUUAAAAAGCAAAAGAACAUGAUUCAGUUUAAAUGAUCAUUUCUUCCUGCAGUGAUUAUUGGAUUGUUUUAUCAUAUAUUUGGAAAAAAACUGAAGAGAAAUAAUGGAAAUAAUUGUCCCAGCUAAAAGGCUUGGGCUUAGAUUUCUUUUUAUGAUACCGAAAGAAGAGUAAACCAGGCAAAUCAGAAGUUAGUGAGGAAGUUAAAGUAGUAAAUAUAAAUCCAAGUAUCCCCCUUAUCCUAGAUAUUGUAAUGACUGAUUUUCCUUGCAAGCCCAUUCUGGAAUGCCUGCUGCCUUUCAAUACUUUAAAGAGAAUUUCAACACUUAAAAAGAGAGAAUAUUUAUAUUGUUAACAAUAACUUUGCUACCAACCUUCAAAAUAAAAGUAAUAAUAAAACAACAUUGAAAUAAUAGACUAUACAAGCUCUAUUUUUUCAGUUGGCAUUAAAAAUAAGUCACAUUUUGAUACCAGUGCAAGGUGUCUUUUAAAUAAAGCUGUCACCAAUCUCAUUUUUAUAGCAUUAAUGUUUUAUGAAGAGAAAAUUUUAAAUGAAAGCGUAAUUGCUGUGAUUAUUAGAAUUCUAUCAUGAUUAUAUUGUAGUUUUGCUCUAUUUCAGAUAAGCAAGUUGAUCUAAGAAGUUAUCAAACUAUUCUUAAAAAUGCUAAAGCAGCUCCUGCCUGUAGCCAGAGAUCACAGGUCUUCCCUGUGAAACUUUUGUUUCUUUCUAUAAGUGUGUGUGGUUUUCAGCGCUCAACUCCUCUCUUCAAAUGGUAGUAAGUUCUACUUCUGUCAUUCAGAACAUUUUAUGUAAAAUGAUGUAAUGCAGAAAUUCUUGUGCAUACUGUGUAAUUGAAGGAAGCUUUUUAGAUUUAUUUUUGUUUUUAAUAAAAUUCAGAUUGUUAUUCUAAA